UCUGGACACAAGUUCUUCAAAUAUUAGAAUUGAGUGUUAGGCAUUCAAUUAUUUAUAUAUCAUCAUCACACUACAAACUCUUAUCUGAAACUAUAUCAAGUUCGUAACCUUACAUUUUCUCUCCCUGAUCAAUUAAUAUAAAGUUCUUGAAACUCUUGGUAUACAUACAUACUUUAGUCCACAAAUAAAACAUACAUAUACACAUACUGAAUAAAACCUACACACAUCUUCUCCUUUGCCUCCCAUGGCUACUUUACACUCAUCACCAAAUAACAUCACCACACACAAAAUCCUAUAUGCUCCAUGGAACACCACAAAAACAAAUCUAGGAACCUCAAAUCUCUUAUUUCCCGGCAAAAAGCCUAAAAAUCGGCCGAUCGUGAUAAAAUGCUCCGCGAUAUCUAGCUUAGAAAACAUUAAUGAAACCGAUCAUCAUCAUGUGGAGCUGGUCCAGGAAGACCCGAGGCCCUUGAGCCAGAUAUGGAGAGAAAUUCAGGGCGAGAGAAACUGGGAAGGGCUGUUGGACCCCAUGAAUUCGCACCUUAGGCGGGAAAUCAUAAGGUACGGUGAAAUGGCCCAGGCCUGUUACGACUCGUUCGAUUUCGACCCGCACUCGAAAUACUGUGGGACAUGUAAGUAUCAGGGGGCCCAUUUCUUUGAGAGGAUGGGGAUGGAAGAUCGGGGCUAUACCCUGACCCGGUACCUGUAUGCUACCUCCAAUAUCAACUUGCCCAAUUUCUUCCAGAAAUCUAAGGUCAGCAGCAUCUGGAGCCCACACGCCAACUGGAUGGGCUACGUGGCAGUCGCCACCGACGAAUCCGAAAUCCGACGCCUCGGCCGCCGUGACAUCGUGGUGGCCUGGCGCGGCACGGUGACCUACCUUGAGUGGAUCCACGACCUCAAGGACAUCCUCCACCCGGCCCACUUCCGCGGCGACCACGACCCCUCCGUCAAAAUCGAGUCCGGCUUCUUCGACCUCUACACCUCCAAAGAAACCGACUGCACCUACAGCUCCUUCUCCGCCCGCGAGCAGGUCCUAGCCGAGCUCCGCCGCCUCGUCCACCGCUACCCAGACGAGCCCCUCAGCAUCACUAUCACCGGCCACAGCCUCGGCGCCGCCCUCGCCCUCCUCAGCGCCUACGACAUAGCCGAGAUGGGACUAAACAUCGUGGACGAGACCACCGAGAAAAUCCCCAUCAGCGUGUUCUCGUUCGCGGGCCCGCGUGUCGGGAAUUUGAAGUUCAAGGAAAGGUGCGACGAGCUCGGGGUCAAGGUGCUGCGGGUGAUCAACGUGCACGACAAGGUGCCCACGGUGCCGGGCAUCAUCACGAACGAGAAGUUCCAAUACCAAAAGUACAUCGAGGAGAAAAUGGGUUUUCCGUGGAGUUACGCGCACGUCGGGGUGGAGCUGGCAUUGGACCACGCGCGGUCGCCGUAUCUGAAGAGCACGGGGGAUAUUAGAAAUUCGCAUAAUCUGGAGGCUCAUUUGCACUUGGUGGACGGGUAUCACGGGCCGGAUAAGGGGUUUGUUCAGGCUUCGGGGAGGGACGUGGCGCUGGUGAACAAGAGUUGCGAUUUUUUGAAGGCGGAGUGUGGGGUGCCGCCAAACUGGUGGCAGGACGAGCACAAGGGGAUGGUGAGGGGAAGGGACGGGCGGUGGGUGGUGCCCGAGAGGGAGCGGAUCGAGGCCCACCCGCCCGACACGGCCCACCUCUUUGAGCAGGUGGUUAAGUAUGCUAGAGCUAAGCUGGAUUUAAUUAAACAAUAAUUAUUAGGUACUAAUAAACCGUCUUAUUUUUCUGUUUCAUUAUAUGUGGUCAUUAUGAAUUUAUGAUUGAUAGUGGCUGUGAGUAUUUAUUUAUUUAUUUUUAAUUUGCAUUUAUUAUUUUGGGAAGUAGACAGAGGAAGUGGAAUAGAGAACAUGAGUGUGUGAGUUAAAUUUGAUUAGAUGGGGGUGAUGAUAGUGGGGGCAAUACGCAGUCCACUUUGAUUUGAUGUGGGUGUUGUUAUGUGGUUUGUUUUCCGUCAAUUUAUAGAUAACAAAAAAUUGGUUUUUAUGGAAUUUGGUUUUCGAUGUUAGUUGUCUGGCCGUGGGGGAUGAGUUCUAAAACUUUGAGUUUGUUUUCUGUGAUGUG